UUGACAGGCGUCAAUUUUUUUUUUCUCUCUAACCUAUACACCCAUGUCUUGUCCUAGUAAUAAACAUCAGACAAAUUCGGUUCUAGGAAAGAUUUGAAAAAGUCAAACAUGAAGUAGUGUAUCUAUUUGCAAAAUGUUUCAAAAGUAGAACUUUGAAUCACGGAUCAAUGAUCGAGGUUAGAACUAUGCGUGAUCGAUAUUUACUUGUACGAAGAUAGAAGGAAUUUUGUAUUAAACUAUAAUCGGGAAGAUGGGUCCUCCGCCGGUGGUAACGGGAAUAUCACCUAAGGAAGGACCACCAGGAACCCGCGUAAUUGUUCGCGGAGAAUUCCUGGGAAACAAAGUCCAGGAUCUCGUAGGUCUAACAAUAUGCGGGUGCGAUUGUCUCCUGUCCGCGGAAUGGAAAUCGAAUAAUAAAAUUAUUGCCAGAUCAGGACCUUGUAAAGGUCGUGGUGACAUCAUAGUAACCACACGUAGUGGAGGACAAGGAACUUCUACUGUACAAUUCCGUGGUUAUCAUGAAACUAUAGGUCCCAUGAAAGAGUCAGCAGUAUGGGUGGAAGAAGCUCCAAUGCAAAGUUUUGUAUGGGGAAGAAGAACAUUAUCACCAACAAAUUAUCAACAGGAAGAUCCUCUCGGUCUGAGCGUAGAAGGCAAUGACAAAAAAUUUCCUGAAGAUGAGCUAAUAGAACUAUUUGGAGAAGGUAGUGGAGAUCUUACCAGUGAAAAGUUUCAUCCUGGUUGGUUUUUAUUACAGCAUCAUCAUGCCACCACAUUUGAGGACUUAAAAGCUGGAUUGGCAUAUCUUAAAAGAAAAGUGAAUUCUCAGAAGGAGGGUCAGUUAUCAUUUUUGAAGGCCAAUGUAGGGUCGGUAAUGGAGCAACUAGAUACAAUAAUGUUAUUAAAAGAACAAUUUGAAACUGAUAUUAAAAAUUAUGGUACAGACCCUACUGUGAAAUUAGAAAAAGCUAUUCAGCAGUCCAUGUCAGAGGCUAAUAAAUUAUUUGACGAUGUAUUAGCAAGAAGAGACAGAGCCGAUGCGACAAGAAACGCUCUAGCCGUAACACAGCGAUACAAGUUCCUCUUUUGUAUGCCAAUUAAUAUAGAAAAGAACAUAAAACGAGGCAAUUACGAUCUCGUAAUCAAUGAUUACGCCAGAGUAAAGAAUUUAUUCAAAAACACAGAGAUCGAAGUAUUUAAACAAUUGUUACAAGAAAUCGACGAUAGAGUUGAAAUGCUUAAAGUAUUUUUGAGAAAGAAGCUAGAAGAAAUGCCAUUCAGUUUGGAGGAACAUAAAAAGAUUAUUAGAAAUCUUGUUAAUUUAGAAGCUGAAGGAGAUCCAGCUUGGGAUGCAAUAGUAUCACACGCGAAUUAUUUGAAGAAAAGUAUCACCGGUUGCGCGCAAGAACAUUUGGAAAUAGAUUAUUCGAGUGGUGAUGAUUUGAACAAAGCAAAAUUAAUGCAGAUCAAUAAGCAAUUGAAAUCGAACAAAAACGAUGGAUCUGCUGUUCCGCCGCAAAUAUCGUGUAUCGAAGCAAUUUGCGACGUUGUCGUCGAACAGCUGCCAGAUUUGUGGAGAUUAGGUCAAAGUUAUUUCACAGGACAGUUGCACGUUGCCGUGGACGCAGAGAAACAAACGCCCUUCAAAAAUUUAGUGCUGUCGAGCAUGCAGUAUGCCAUGGAAGCCAUGAGGAACACGUGUAGCAAUGAUUUAGACGCAGUAUGGCUUUUGCAUAUCUUGCGUAGAAUCAGACAGAUGUAUGCUUCAUUGAUCCAUUUGGAUUUGCCAAGCGACGCACUAGACAUUUUCGGAAAACUUAUACUGGAUCUGAGAUUGCAGUGCUUCGCUGCUCUAUUUAAACAAACGGCGGAGAACAUAGCAGCUUUGUACAAGAAAGAAACUUGGCAGAUUGAGUACUUGAACGAAGACGGUGGUGUUACAAGAGUGCCAUAUCUGUUCGAGGAAAUGACCACGGAAGUUUCAACGCGAGCACGAGACACGGUAGUUGCCUGCGGUCCUCGAGAAGGAGCAUUAUUCGCUAACCCUGUCCAUCAACAGCUAUACUAUAACUCUAUUAAAACGUUGUUUACGUCGUUCGCGCGAUGUUUACAACAACUGGCAUUUAGUGGUUGCGAGGAAGCUCUAGAGGAUGACGAACAGUCGGUAUCUCAACUAGUCGGUUCCCCUUCAGGCUAUACGAACAAGGGCAAUAAACAUCAAGGCCCGACAUGGGAACAAUGCCUCUUGAUUUCAUUAAGUAAUAUUCGUUAUACACUGAACACCAUCCUACCAAAAAUCGGAGCCUCGGCAAAGGACCUGGAUUACCCGAGUUUAUCGAAUGCGGUCGGAUGGAAUUCCGAUUGGACGCAACUGGAAACAUUAGACACUGCCGUGUUGGACGCGUACUUGGAACGUCGUUGCGACCCAUUGGUCGGUACGAUUGAACCAAGCAUGUACCUCGGUGGUUUGGAAUGGGAUUUUGAAACUGAACCGACUCACGUGAGACCGUACGCACAGGAAAUACUGGCGAAUUUAAUUGCAGUUCAUGCAGAAGUGCGUCGCGUUGCACCAGCUCUGUUGCAACGGGUACUGUCCCAUAUUGUAGAAACAGUAGCAGAGGAGCUUGCCAGACUUAUGUCCUGUGUCACGCAAUUUCGACCUGCGGGGAUUGUACAAGCACGAACUGACAUCAUACUUCUACGAAAUGCCUUGCAAUCUUAUAGUACAACUAGAGCCAAAAAUUUCUUCGAGGAAGCUUUGGACGCGAUACCCCAACCCGUCAGCAAAGAAGAUCGAAUGCGUAUCGAUAUGCUGCUAUCGAAAGUGGCAACGUCCAUGCAGUUGCAAUUAUCGUGUCUUGCCAGUGAUACAACAAGUAAUACUCCAACAAUGGUGGCUGAUCCUAAUCGCGUUACCACUGUAUAACUGUAGUAGUAACUUAAAGAACUAAGUAAGUAAUUUAUUACGUUGACCGUUGUAUUUUUAUACCGUUACAAUAGCAUUCUCUGUAUUCCAGUCUCCAAAUUCAAUUGCUAUUGUCUUGGGUAAACUUAACAAAUAUCGUCCUGAAAUGUAAAUUUAAAUAAAAGCACACGUGACA